GGCUGCGAACUAAUGAGUUUGCCAUGCAGCUCAUUAAUGAUAUGAUAUUUGUGUUUUUAAUGAUAUUUCUUUCAAUGCUGUGGAUGUCUGGGUUUAAACCAGCAGCAUGCCAAACUAACUGGGUCAGCUGCAAGCUGUUGGCUGAUCCUCAGCCGCCUGGUCUUUCAAUGAAUGGAGAUUUUGUAGUAGGAGGGAUUUUCUCCAUUCAUUACUACAUGAAAUCAGAGCAGAACACCUUCACCAGGAUUCCGCUACAGCCACAGUGCUCUGGGAGUAUGGAUUUCCGGGAGUUCCGUUAUGCCCGUGCCAUGGAGUUCACCAUCCACGAGAUCAACAACAGAACAGAUCUCCUGCCUGGAAUCACAUUAGGAUACCGAAUACACGACUCGUGCGCUACCGUGCCGAUGGCUAUAAAAGUUGCAUUUCAAUUUACUAACGGUGUGGAGACGGUUUUUAAUGCCUCUGAUUCCUGCACAAAAUCUGCAGCUGCAGCUGUACCAGCUCUUGUAGGGGAGUCUUCUUCCACCCCGUCAAUUAGCAUGGCCAGAAUAUUGGGUCUGUUUGGAAUACCACAGAUAAGCAACUAUGCAACCUGCGCGUGUCUGAGUGAUAAGCGUCAGUAUCCUGCCUUCUUUAGAACGGUUCCUAGUGACCACCACCAAGCUGCCGCCCUGGCAAGAAUGGUCAAGCACUUUGGUUGGACGUGGAUUGGAGCAGUUCGCAGUGAUUCAGAUUACGGUAAUAAUGGAAUGGCCUCGUUUCUAAAAGCUGCGCAGGAGGAGGGGAUCUGCGUGGAGUACUCGGAGGCCUACUACAGAACACAACCGCGCAGCAAACUGGAGAGAGUGGCAAACGUUAUCCGCAGAUCAACAGCUCGGGUAAUAGUAGCCUUUCUUGCUUCAGGUGAAAUGAGAGCUCUCCUGGAGGAACUGGUAAAACAGCCGCCGCCUCCCCUCCAGUGGAUAGGCAGUGAAACUUGGAUCAUAGAUCCAGAAUUUCGGCGGUUUAACAUGUGCGCUGGGGCAGUGGGGUUUGGGGUUCCUCGGUCAGUGAUUCCAGGCCUCCGUGAUUUCCUUCUAGAUUUAAAUCCAGUCCAAGCUUUACAAGUGCCCCUGCUAACGGAGUUUUGGGAGCGCUCUUUCAGCUGUAGUCUAAAAGGCCAGACGGACUACUCUGAGGGCGCGCGCGAAUGUGAUGGCAGUGAGGACAUCCGUGCGCUGCAGAAUCCGUACACAGACACAUCGCAGCUGCGCAUCACUAACAUGGUGUACAAAGCCACGUAUGCCAUAGCGCAUGCCAUUCACGGUGUUAUCUGUAAUGAUACAAAAUGCGACAAAAACAAAAAAUUCGCCCCAUGGCAGAUAAUGGACCAGCUCAAACGUGUGGAUUUCACAACAAAGAAUGGUUAUCGCGUCACCUUUGAUUCCAAUGGCGAUCCUGUGGCUGUAUAUGAGCUCAUAAACUGGCAGAUUAAAAGUGAUGGCACAGUUGAUUUUGUCACAGUGGGUAAAUAUGAUUCAUCCAAACCAAGAGGCCAAGAGUUCAGUAUAGACAGACCAAUCAAGUGGAUGGGGGGACAGGCAGAGGUGCCAGUGUCAGUGUGUAGUAAGAGCUGUCCCCCAGGCACCAGGAAGGCCAUGCAGAAAGGAAAGCCAAUCUGCUGCUAUGACUGUAUAACAUGUGCAGAAGGAGAGAUCAGUAACAGCACAGAUUCUUUAGAUUGUGUGCAAUGCCUCCCUGAGUUCUGGCCCAAUGCCAAAAGAGACAGUUGCCUACUUAAACCUGUGGAGUUCCUGUCCUGGGAUGACACUCUUAGCAUCAUCCUGACAGUGUUCUCUGUCACUGGGGCCUUCAUGGCAGUAUGUGUAGCUGGUGUCUUCUACAAACACAGAACAUCUCCCAUCGUCCGAGCCAAUAACUCAGAGCUGAGCUUCCUGCUGCUCUUCUCACUGGCUCUGUGUUUCCUCUGUUCACUGACUUUCAUCGGUCAGCCCUCUGAAUGGUCCUGUAUGCUGCGUCACACAGCGUUUGGGAUCACCUUCGUCCUCUGCAUCUCCUGUGUUCUGGGGAAAACAAUAGUGGUGUUAAUGGCCUUCAGAGCUACACUUCCAGGCAGUAAUGUAAUGAAGUGGUUUGGGCCUCCACAGCAGCGACUCAGUGUUCUUGCUUUCACUCUCAUACAGGUCCUUAUUUGUAUUAUCUGGUUAACAAUAUCCCCUCCCUUCCCCUUGAAAAAUUUAAAACACUACAAAGAAAGAAUAAUUCUGGAAUGUGGGUUGGGUUCAGCGAUAGGUUUCUGGGCUGUGCUGGGUUAUAUAGGCCUCUUGGCUCUUUUGUGUUUUGUUUUGGCUUUUCUAGCACGAAAACUGCCUGAUAACUUUAAUGAAGCCAAGUUCAUCACAUUCAGCAUGCUCAUAUUCUGUGCAGUCUGGAUCACCUUUAUCCCAGCUUACGUCAGCUCUCCUGGAAAGUUUACAGUCGCUGUGGAGAUAUUUGCCAUACUUGCUUCAAGCUUUGGUUUAAUUAUUUGCAUUUUUGCUCCUAAGUGUUUUAUCAUCAUGUUCAGGCCAGAACAGAAUACCAAGAAACACCUUAUGGGUAAAGUACCAUCUAAGGCUCUUUGAGACAAAAUAAAAAGUAAAAAGGUGGCUUAGCACCUGUUAAUUUUGAGUACUUUACUUAAUGAUAAUAACCUUGUUUUUAUAUAGCAAAAUGUGAAAAUGAACAGUACAGGCCAAAAGUUUGGACACACCUUCUUUUUUUCAAUGCAUUUUCUUUAUUUUCAUGACUGUUUACAUUGUAAAUUCUUACUGAAGGCAUCCAAACUAUGAAUAAACACAUGUGGAGUUAUGUACUUAACCAAAAAAGGUAAAAUAACAAAAAAAAUAUGUAUAUAUAUAUUCUAGUUUCUUCAAAAUAGCCACCCUUUGCUCUGAUUACUGCUUUGCACACUCUUAGCAUUCUCUCAAUGAGCUUCAAGAGGUAGGCACCUAAAUAUUUUAAAAACAGUCUUGAAGGAGUUCCCAGAUGUGUUUAGCACUUGUUGGCCCCUUUGCCUUCACUCUGUGGUCUAACUCACCCCAAACCAUCUCGAUUGGGUUCAGGUCAGGUGACUGUUAAGGCCAGGUCAUUUUUUGUUAAGUACAUAACUCCAAAUUCAUAGUUUUGAUGCCUUUAGUGAGAAUCUACAAUGUAAAUAGUCAUGAAAAUAAAGAAAAUGCAUUAAAUGAGAAGGUGUGUCUAAACUUUUGGCCUGUACUCUAUGUCAGUAGAAUUACAUAACCUUUUACAUAACUUUUGACUUUAUCACUAAAUACAACAUUCUAACAUGUCAGCAUAACAUACUUAUAUAUUCAUUACUUCAUAAUAUGUUAAUCUGGAAUCUGUUUUCUUUGUUGUUUUGGUGUAUUUGUAUGUCUUGUGAUAAAGUGUGACCAAUAUGAAACAAAUAAUACAGAUUUUGGUCCCAA